AAAAAAAAAAAAACUUCUUCCUCCCAGGAGCGUCAUCCCUGUGUUUCUGACAUGCGCCCCAGCAAAUCUGUCGUUGUGUUCAUUUUAUUCUUCACAGCUGGUUCUGGGACCAUAGUGAAUGACAGCUACAGCGACUUUACAGAAGAAGACAACACUCCUCAACUAGACUACAACAACCCACGCUGGUGUCGUUCUUUGAGUCUGACCAAUGGGGAGGUGACCUGCCACUCCACUCGAGGCAGAGCCUACAGGAGCUCGCUGGGCACCCACUGUGAGAUGAGCUGUGACCGAGGAUACCGAUUGAUAGGGAAGAGAUUGAUUCAGUGCCUUGCCAGCCGACUGUGGUCUGGGACUGCUCACUGCCGCAAAAUGCGUUGCUUUGUGCUGCCCCUCAUCCCACAUGGCAGAUACACAUGCACGCGUGGCUUUGUGGUGGACUCCAGGUGUGACUUCACCUGCAACCCCGGCUAUCGCAUCGAGGGGGAACACUCACGCACCUGUCAGCAUGGGGGAUCGUGGACCGGAGCACAGCCAGAUUGUUUAGAUACUGAUCCUCCAAAGAUCAAGUGCCCUCUGUCCAGAAUCAAGGUUGCUGAGCCUGGAAAACUCACUGCCAGGGUGACGUGGGACCCCCCUUCUGCCAGAGAUACUGCUGAUAAAUCACUUGAGGUAAUAUUAGUAGGCCAGGAGCCUGACACUGACUUUAAAGAGGGAGCAAACAUUAUCCAAUACAAAGUGUACGAUCAAGCCAGGAACAGAGCUACCUGCAAGUUUAUUGUACGUGUUGAGGUGAGAAGGUGUCCAGAGCUGUCUCCACCAAUGCAUGGCUCCCUCACCUGCUCCUCUGAUGGGAAUAACUACGGUGCAACAUGUGACUACCUCUGUGAUGGAGGAUAUGAACUCAGGGGGGUGUCUAGUCGUGUCUGCCAGUUCGACCGCAACUGGGACGGAAGCCCCGCUGAGUGUGUUGCGACAGAGAUUAAAUCAGAUGUAAAGACAGCCUCUGCUCUCCUGGAUCAGUUCUAUGAAAAGAGGAGGCUGCUGAUCGUGUCAGCCCCCAACAUAACUGAUCCGGACUACCAGCUGCAGAACAUCAUGAUACAGAAAUCAGACUGUGGAUUAGAGCUGAGACAUGUAACUGUGAUCGAGCUCCUGGGCUCCCCACCUCAUGAGACAGGCCACAUUAAGGACAGUCUGCUUAACUCUGAAGUCAUCGAGGUUUUGAGACAAGUAUUCAGAAUCUCCAGAACCUACUUCAGCAUGGUGCUGCUGGAUGAGCUCGGACUGGACCGGGAGCGCUUCAUUACCACAGCUUCCUGCGGAAUGAAGAGGAACGAGAUAGGCUCGAGCUCCACAGGGACUUGUGUGAUUAAAUAA